CCCUCCCUCCCUCCCUCCUGCGUCUCCUCAUUUCCCUCCGCCCCCUCAAGAUGAAUCGUCUUGGCCGUUCAUCUCUGCCACUCCGGCCCAGAGUAUGUCUGCUCUGUCAAACCCGAACGACCGUCCCCUCCAUUACCUCCACCCUCUCGCCCUCAACCGGAUGGCAGGCCAUCCGCGGCAUCGGACACAGAUCGGAACGACGCGGAAAAAAGAGUCGCCAUGCCCUGUCCUCAGACGUGUCUCGAACCUCGCUAGCUCCUCGCCCGUCGCGGGAGAGAAAGGGACCCUGGGGCGGCACGAACAUCACCAGGGUGCCCGAGGAGCUGUCGUCUCGGUCGCGGACGAGGGACAGCCGGGGGCCCAGCCGGGGGGACAGCCGGGGGGACAGAGACCCCAGGAAGGAUGGCGGUAAGGACAAGGGCAGCAAACCUGAGAGCCCUCUAUACAAGGCCUUGAAGAUGCAGACCGCAUUGGCGCCCGUGUCCUACUCCCAGCGCACCAAGAUCAAGGACAGAAUCGCCGAAAUCACCAGCUUCGAUCAUUUCCCGCUCAUGUCGGUCGUCCACCACUCGAUCUCCUCCCAGGCGCUCCCCGGGCUGACAGAUCUCAUGCCCACCCCGAUCCAGCGCGUCGCGAUCCCGGAACUCCUCAAGGACCCGCUCCCGCCACUGGGCGCGCCGCCGAGCAGCGACCCCAAAUACGAACAGUACCUCCUGGCCGCGGAGACCGGGUCCGGCAAGACCCUGGCAUAUCUGAUUCCGCUACUGGACAACCUCAAGCGCCUGGAGGCGGCGGAGGCGGCCCACGAGAAGAAGGAGGAGGAAGCCAAGCAGCGCGAACAGGCGCGGGAGCUGAAGACGAAGAACCGGGCGUUCGACAUCGCGCCCGAGGAGCCGCCGCUCUCGAACGCGGCGCGGCCGCGCAUGGUGAUCCUGGUGCCGACCUCCGAGUUGGCGUUCCAGGUGGGCGACAAGCUCAAGGCCUUCGCGCACACGGUCAAGUUCCGGUCCGCGGUGCUGGCGUCGAACCUGACGCCGCGGCGGAUCAAGAACGGCCUCUUCAACGAGAAGGGGGUCGACAUCAUCGUGACAACGCCGCACCUGCUCGCCUCGAUCGCGCAGAAGGAGCCGUACGUGCUAGGCCGCGUCAACUACAUGGUGCUCGACGAGGCCGACAGUCUGAUGGACAAGUCCUUCUCGCCCAUCCUCAACGAAAUCAUCAGCAAGGCCACCCCCUCCCUCCACAAGCUCGUCCUCUGCUCCGCCACCAUCCCGCGCGGCAUGGACGCCACCCUGCGCAAGCGCUGGCCCGACAUCCAGCGCCUGACCACCCCGAGCCUGCACGCCAUCCCGCGCCGCGUCCAGCUCGGCGUGAUCGACGUCCAGAAACCCCCCUACAACGGCAACCGCUCGCUCGCCUGCGCCGACAUCAUCUGGUCCAUUGGGAAGGCCGGCGACUCCGGCGGCGACGACCUGGGCCCGGGCCAGGCCCGCUCGCAGGACAAGCGCAUCCUGGUGUUCGUCAACCGCCGCGAGGACGCCACCGAGGUGGCGGAGUUCCUGAAGAGCAAGGGAAUCAGCGCCAAGGCCUUCACCCGCGACGUCACCGACCGCAAGGAGCGCGAGAUCCUGGCCCCCUUCACCGAUUCCGCGCCGCCCAUGACCGCCGCCCAGGUUCUGGAGGCCAUGGAGGCCGAGAAGAAGCGCCGCCGCGAGGACCGCUCCAUCCCCUUCGUCAACGCCGGCGGCGACCCGCACGCCGCCGCGCCGCCCGAGAAGCGCCUCGAGAACGUCCAGGUCCUGGUCUCGACGGACAUCGCCUCGCGCGGCGUCGACACCCUCGCCGUCAAGACUGUGGUGUUGUACGACGUGCCCCGCACCACUAUCGACUUCAUCCACCGACUCGGUCGUCUCGGCCGCAUGGGCAAGCGCGGCCGCGCCGUCGUGCUGGUCGGCAAGAACGAUCGCAAGGACGUCGUCAAGGAGGUCCGCGAGGCCAUGUUCCGGGGCCAGGCCUUGAUUUAAGCUACCCCCAUCUCCGGAACUGUUUUCUUAACUGUAUAAUCUCUUCGUUUACUCCUGGGCCUUAUGACUACUCCGGCGUUUCUGUUUAUUGAAAGGUAAAAAGCAAAAAUGGGACGCAGGCAAAUAAUCUCUCUCGGCAUGGAAACGUUUCAUUGACAUCAUACACUACUACUACUAUUACUAGAUCUGGACUUUUUUUUUUGUUUUGUGCAAACGGGGGAUCGGGGAUUAGGAUAUGUAUUAUAACCCUGUAUGUAUAGUUUCUCAUAGAUUUCUACUCAACACUGUCCUCUGU